AGACGGGAAGUAGAGGCAGACGGGGGCGCACGCGCGCUUAGACACACUUACACACAUGUACACGCGCGCGCGCGCAGGCUCACACGCCCAUAUACGCGCUCACACACACACGCUCACACACACUCCGAGAAAAUCGAACGAUGGCGAAGACACGGACGUGAAUGAUGCACUCGUGAACGCCGAGAAACCGAACGCGCACCCGUAGCGGACUACUCGGAGCCGUGGUUUGGACGAGGGAGCGAGCCGUGAAUUGAGCGGUUAAGCGGCGGGAGAUUAAUCUUUCGAAUCGGAGGGGGUAGCGACAGCCCACAAACUGGGCCCCGGAGACCGGAGCGCCAAUCCCGGAUGGCUAGGCGCGGUUGUUCCCGCUCUCCCCCACCCUGAGCCCGCGCAAGGCACACCGUGGACGUGUGUGGUGUGUAUGAGUAAGUGUAGGGGUGGCCGGGGUGGGAGGGGGGCGGGCGACGGAAGACGAAGAAGACCGCUCACGGGAGGCCGUUAGUCGGCGUCCCGGCUUUGUGAUUCCCGGCCUUGUUUCCACUUGUGCCCCAGCACAAACAAGCUAACUCGGGACCGGACGUCUUCAUCCUUGUCAUCCUCAGACCUGAGUACGUGCGCACGGCUGCCAUGUCUGCAGAGUCCGGGCAUCAUUAUGGGAUGUAGCCCCUCUGUGGAGUGAACGCCCCCUCACGAGCUCCCCCAUUUCCCCACUCCACUCAUUGGAAGGAAACCGUUUGGAAAAGGCACAGGACCGCCAAACAGAAAGCUCAAGGAAGGAGGGAAGGAAGGAUCAGCCAUGCCGGUGUUCAGCGGUCUCCUGAAGGUGCGAGUGUGCGAGGCGGUGGACCUGAAGCCCACCCCAUGGGCUCUGCGUCACGCGGUGGGCAAGAGCGGCUCCUUCUUGCUGGACCCCUACCUGGCGCUCAACCUUGACCAGACCCGCCUGGGCCAAACGGUCACACGCACCAAGACCAACAGCCCCGCCUGGCACCAGGAGUUCUGCACGGAGGUGCGCGAGGGCCGCAGCCUGGAGCUGUCCGUGUUCCACGACGCGCCCAUCGGCUACGAUGACUUUGUGGCCAACUGCACCAUCCAGCUGGAGGACCUGCUGCAGAACGGGACCAGGCACUACGAGGACUGGAUUGACUUGGAGCCCGAGGGGAAGGUGUACGUGGUCAUUGAUCUGUCUGGAUCUUCCACUGAGGCCUCGGGAGCCAACGACAAUGAGGAGCGCGUCUUCCGGGAGAGGAUCGGCCCGCGGCGGCGCCAGGGGGCGGUGCGCCGGCGCGUCCAUCAAGUCAACGGGCACAAGUUCAUGGCCACCUACCUGCGGCAGCCCACCUACUGCUCGCACUGCAGGGACUUUAUCUGGGGCGUCCUGGGGAAGCAAGGCUACCAGUGUCAAGUGUGCACGUGCGUCGUCCACAAGCGCUGCCACGAGCUCAUCAUCACCAAGUGUGCCGGCAUGAAGAAGCAGGAAGACACCCCGGAGGAGGUGGGCUCGCAGCGCUUCAGCGUCAACAUGCCGCACAAGUUCAGCAUCCACAACUACAAGGUGCCCACCUUCUGCGACCACUGCGGCUCGCUGCUGUGGGGCCUCCUGAGGCAGGGCCUGCAAUGCAAGGUGUGUAAGAUGAACGUGCACAGGCGCUGUGAGAAAAACGUGGCCCCCAACUGCGGCGUGGACGCCCGGGGCAUCGCCAAGGUCCUGUCCGACCUGGGGGUCACGCCCGACAAAAUCUCCAACACGGCGCAGCGUCGCAGGAAGUUGACGCCCGGGCAGGAGCCUCCGCAAUCUCCUCCGGAGCUCUCGCAGACGGAGAACAGCUUCGGCCGGCCGGCCGUCGCCGCCUCGCCCUCGGGGCAGGACUUGGCGGAGUUGGAUCGGCUGCAGGACACGCUGUCGCUGGAGCAGCAGGGACCCCAGCACUCGUCGUCGUGCUCGUCGUCGUCCUCCUCCGCCACCUCCACCACCUCGCUGUCCACCGCGUCGUCGGCGGGCGGCCGCGAGAACGGACAGAGCCAACGGAGGACCCUCAAGGACUUCAACUUGAUCAAGGUUCUCGGCAAAGGCAGCUUCGGCAAGGUGAUGCUGGCCGAGCUGAAGGGGACGGAGGAGGUUUACGCCGUCAAGGUCCUGAAGAAGGACGUGAUCCUGCAGGACGACGACGUGGACUGCACCAUGACGGAGAAGCGUAUCCUGGCCCUGGCCCGCCGGCACCCCUACCUCACUCAGCUCUACUGCUGCUUCCAGACCCGAGACCGCUUGUUCUUCGUCAUGGAGUACGUGAACGGCGGCGACCUGAUGUUCCAGAUUCAGCGCUCGCGCAAGUUCGACGAGCCGCGCUCGCGCUUCUACGCCGCCGAAGUCACGUCGGCGCUCAUGUUCCUGCACCGCAACGGCGUCAUCUACAGGGACCUGAAGCUGGACAACAUCCUGCUGGACGCCGAGGGCCACUGCAAGCUGGCCGACUUUGGCAUGUGCAAAGAGGGCAUCAUGAACGGCGUGACCACCACCACCUUCUGCGGCACGCCCGACUACAUCGCCCCUGAGAUCCUGCAGGAGCUGGAGUACGGCGCCUCGGUGGACUGGUGGGCGCUGGGGGUCCUGAUGUACGAGAUGAUGGCGGGCCAGCCGCCGUUUGAGGCCGAUAACGAGGACGACCUGUUUGAGUCCAUCCUGCACGACGACGUCCUCUACCCCGUGUGGCUGAGCAAGGAGGCCGUGUCCAUCCUGCGAGCGUUCAUGACCAAGAACCCGGCCAAGCGUCUGGGCUGCGUGGUGAGCCAAGGCUGCGAGGAGGCCAUCAAGACGCACCCCUUCUUCCGCGAGAUUGACUGGCUGCUGCUGGAGCAGAGGAAAGUGCGGCCCCCCUUCAAGCCACGCAUUAAAACCAAGCGCGACGUGAACAACUUUGACCAGGACUUCACCAAGGAGGACCCCGUGCUCACGCCCACCGACGAGGCAAUCAUCCGGCAGAUCAACCAGGAGGAGUUCAAGGACUUUUCCUACUGCGCCCCAGAGGAGACGCACACCUAACACACACACACACACACACACAAUCACACAAUCACGUACACACACCCGCACUCUUUUUGACGCUAUUGUGACUCUACACGCGCUGUCGUCGUCGUUCUUGUCGUCGCCUGGAUUUUCGGAUGAACAUGGAGCAUCCGCUCCAGUCCACUUUGACACACGUGAAGUGAAUCCGGAAAGUAUUCCAAAUGCUUUUUGCUUUUCCCACAAUUUGUUAUGUGAAAUGAAUGAAAAUGCGGCGGCGGGGGGGGGAGUUUUUGAGACUUUACGUUAAAAUGUUUUUGGGAACCGUACCCCGUUAUUCGUGGGAACCCACGCUUGUUUGUUUUUUAAACUCAUCCCUCACCUAUUAUUACAACUUUUUUUUUUUAAGGCAGUUAGAAGUUAGUGUCAAUUAUUUGCAAUCUGCGGUUUCCCCGAGUCCAUCUAAGAUAACAUACGUGGAAAAAAUGAAGAGCUCCGACUACUUUCCAGAUCCACCGUACACACACUCACACACGGCUUCUUCCUCUCAGCGGACCGCCUGUGUGUGUGUGUAUAUAUAGAUAUGUAUCUAUAUCUAUAUAUAUCAAUCCAUAUAUUAGCCUGUGUCGCGUGGCUGCAUUGUAUCGUUGUCGUUGGCAAGCUUGUGGCGCAUGGACAAGCACUCCCCUGUUGUCUUUUAAUGGCCCUCGUUAUGGACCAGUUCGGGCCCUGAAUCUCCCCCGUUUUGUGCAAUAUAUCCCCCCCAUCAUAUCUCUCUAUACUCUAUAUUUUAUGGCUUAAAAAAAAAAAAAAACAAGCAAACAUCGUUCUCAAUUGGUAUGAAUGACGUUCUUGUCCAUCCAAUGAAUGUGCAGCUUACUCACAGGCUAUUGAACUAAUUACGACGAGCCGGCGUUUGGUCCCGAAUGUACAUUUUGGCUCGUGCGCUUGCGUUUUCCAACGGUUACCAGCAGUGUUUGCCCCUCGACCUCCCCUUGCACCCAAACCGCUUGCUUUACUUUUUCUCUUUUUCUUUUCUUUUUUUUUUUUUUUGUAUUCUAAUUAUUAUUGUAAAGUGUAUUAUCCGAACGACAUGUUUGUGUAUAUCACUCUCAACUAUACUAUUGUAGGUCUGUUACAGCCACACACACACACA